GGCGAGUUAGGAGUUAUACGCCCCUAUUUCAUCUUCCGUUCUGUGUUCAGCAUGAUUUUUCAUAAGAGACGUCUAUUUCAUAUACUAUUUAAGUAGCAUAAAAUGGAUUUUCGCCAUGGAACCAUACUCAGGUGGAUUGCGUGGUUUCUUUUAGGUCUCUCUGCUGCUGCAGGUCAGGAUGGAGGGAAGCUGACUGGAGCAGUAGGAGGAGACAUCACAUUUCCUGCUUCAGUAAAAACAUCAGGCUCUUUAGAAUAUAGGGACAAGGCUAUAUGUCAAGUGUUAAAAGGAGACAGUGAAGUCUACAUUGAAGACUUCAGAGAAAGACUCCAGUGGAACAGACAGACUGGACUGUUCACCAUCAGAGAACUCAGGAUAAAUGAUACAGGGCCGUAUACGGUGAAAGAUUCAAUAGGGCAAAACAAUUCUUUAUUUCAUCUGACAGUUUACAACCAGGUCUCCAAACCCCAGGUGAGAGCUGCUGCCCCCUGCUGGGUGGAGUGUUCUGUGGAGAACGGGAGAGACGUGAGCCUGUCCUGGUACAGAGGAGAGGAGAGACUCAACCAGACCAGCAGUCCUGAUCUCUCCAGGGUCCUGUCUCUGGUCCUGGUUUCAGACUCCAACACUUCCUACAGCUGUGUGGUGGAGAACCCAGUCAGCAGAGAGUCUGUCAACAUGCCAGAUACAUGCAGAACUAUUGGUGAUCCUAAACCAGAUGGUGUUGAAGGAAGACUGUGGGUUUCUACUGUUGUUGCUGUGUCCUGUUCUGUAUUCAUCAUUGUGUUUGUUCUACUGGUGGUGUAUCUGAAGAGGAAAACACCAGCACACACACAACAAGGUUCAGACUUGUCUGACAGACAGCAGCCACAGGAAGAGGAAGUUCAGUAUGCAGAAGUUACUGUUGUUAGCAAGAGGAGUGAUCAGUGUAAUCUAUCAGAACUGGGCCCGGGUCUAGAGGAGAAGCAGGAUCUGACCACUGUCUAUGAUAAACUCCAGCUGCAUCGCUACGCUCCCCCGUCCCCAGACCCGUCCAACGAAGAUGAAAACAUCGAAUAGCUGCUUCAGGACUGACUCCCUCCUCGCACGGUUUCACAUUUCACAUAAUUGGAUUUUACAUUUCACAUAAUUUGGUUUAACAUUUCACAUAAUUUGGUUUCACAUUUCACAUAAUUUUAUUUCACAUUUCACAUAAUUUUAUUUCACAGUUCAUGAAAUUAAUUUGUCUAAAUAUUUAAUAAACAUUGUGUGUGUGUUUCUAAAGGCCAUAGAAGGGAGCAGGGCCGGAGUGGGACUCAUUUUCUGUCCUGGAGUUUCAUGCCUUAGACCGGACCACUAUUGUUCACAACUAUAUUGGGCAGCACGGUGGCUCAGUGGUUAGCACUGUUGCCUCACAGCAAGAAGGUCCCUGGUUCAAACCCCGCUUGCUCCAGGUACUUUCUGUGUGGAGUAUACAUGUUCUCCCCGUGCCUGUGUGGGUUUCCUCCGGGUACUCCGGUUUCCCCCACCAUCAUAAAAACAUGCAUCGUAUGAAUGUUGGUGUAAUGUCUUCAAAACAGCUGUUGUAAAGCCCCUAUUAAAGAAACCCAAAUUGGAUAA